AGUCGGCGUCUCGGUCCCUUUAAGAUGGUUAUCAUGAUCCGAGUCAUCUCAAUUCACGGUUAUAUGCGCCAGAUGCUGUUCCCAGUACUCCUUUACCUCUAGCCACCACCAUCAUGCCCGGUUCACCGUGGAAAUGGCAGCCAAGAGACAGCGCACCUCGUCUGUCACGUAAAAAGAUUGCAGAACAGACGCUGAAUGCCAUCAAGCACGGUCACUUCGACCUUCACGGUGCCAGAUACGACCUCGCCACUGCUGAAGAACGAUCAUGUCGCUCGACAAAGUACUACGCUCCUAACUCUCUUCUCUCUACAUGGUCACAGGUUCCAGGACCCUCGUCAGCCGCGGGGACCCGUAUCACCAUAUCUGAAAUCUCUACCCUCGAAGGACUACGACAUCUAGCUACCAGCAACAGCGCCGGGAAGAUCGCUGUUCUCAAUUUUGCCUCUGCAAAGAACCCUGGUGGUGGCUUCCUUACUGGUGCACGCGCCCAGGAAGAGUCUCUGGCGCGUUCAUCGACACUUUACCCCAGUCUUAUGACGGAGACUGCUCAAGAGUUUUACAAGCUGCAUAACCAGAAGAGGAAUCAGGACCGUGGGUUUUACACCCAUGCGAUGAUAUACUCGCCAUCCGUGCUGUUCUACCGGGACGACGAGGGAGAUUGGCUGGAGCCUGUCGAAGUAGAUGUGGUUACUAGCGCAGCGGUGAAUGCCGGUGCUGUACGAGCACAUGCCGGCGACGAAAACGGAAGACUGGAAGAAAAGAUCGAGAAGGAGAUGUGGGAGCGGAUGGGCCGUAUCCUGUUCUUGUGUGAGAAGAUGGGCGCGAAGACCCUGGUUCUAGGAAGCUUCGGGACAGGCGUCUUUCAGAACAAGGUCAGUGUCGUCGCGAGACACUGGGCCGAUCUGUUGUCGGUACCCGGAGCGAGGUUUGCAACUUCAUUCAACAGAAUUGAGUUCGCGAUACUGGGGAAGGAGACAAUCAAAGAAUUUAGAGAAGUUUACGAGUCGAGGAUGAAGGAGAGGGGUGCUACUGGAUGAGCUAGGUCUGUUCACUUCGUCUCGCUGUGUUCUCCGUGUUCUCCUUGAUAACAAUUUUCCUUCAAGUGUUAUAAUGACGCGUCUCGUGCCUUUUUAUCUAGCCUCUGGUCCUGUCGUAUCCACUCCGCUCUCGGUUUUCUACAGCAUUCAUCACAUGUAUUUUGAUACCCGUGCAAUGCGAUACAUAUCAUCCUUUCUUCGAUGUCAAUCGAGAAGAGUUUGUGUUAUCUCCGUGGCAUCUAUGUCCAGUAUAAUAACCCUGUAUUCUGUAUCAAAUCGAGAUGAAUAUAAAGCUACAUACACCUCCUCCCGGAUCGAGAAGAGCGAUUAC